AGCUCACAAAAAACUUUUAAGAUUCACACGCUUUAUUACGUAUUGUUUUUUUUUUGCCAAAUGCAAAUGGGUAUUUUAAAUACAAAAUAAAUUAGGUCGAUGAUGACAUUUGUAGUCCGACACCGAGUAGGUAAACAUGUGUUGAAUAAAAAGUCACUUCACUGAGGGUUUGGCACAAGUAGUCUAAAGAGAAACAAAAAUUGGUCACCCAUAUGUUUUUACUGUACCAAUCGUUGCUUACCUCGAUUUUCAUUUUAACUAAAAAAUAUUCAGCUGUUUAGCUCGAGUUUUUGAGAUACAGACCGUUGCAGUCGGCAGACAGACGAGCAAACGGACAGAGAGCAGAGAAGCUCCACCCAUGUAAUAGGUUCUUUGAGUACAGAACCCCAAAAAUGACCAAACUACAUUCUACUUGUCAUUUUGUUUUUGGGACGUUUUAAAUUCAUCAUUUACGGUUGUAUUUAAUAAACGUACCUACGUAUUCUAACGGUAUGUACAUCGGCACACAUAGUACUUAAUGCUAAACAAUACAUUUGAUCAAAAAAUAAAUUGGAUGAGGUAGAAUUUUGCGAUUAUUUUUUUAAAACGAAAGCUUUUGUUUCGAAUAGGCCAUAUUCCAAACGUUACAGUAUUGACUCUAGGUGAACGGGUAAAGGGUAUCCACCCUGGGCUUAGAGAAACUUCCCGGAUUGGAGGAAGACGAUUCCUUUCGAUCAUUCCAAAUUUCUCAUAAACAGAAAUCUAUAAAGAUUCGCCGAUUUAUAAAGAAAUCAUAUUUUCCGAAGUUUACCCAAACGAUUAAAAUAAGCCUACCCUAUAUACCUUGGAAUAAGUUAAAUUCUAGUCACCAUAAAUGCAUGAGGAUUAUGCCGUCUACUAUUGUUUUUCAAUGGCUUAAUACCACUUCUCUCUAUCUUUCUUUCUUCUUCCUCCUUUUUCUAAUUUGGAUCUGCAAUAGUUCAUAGAGACGCCGCUCUACGCUGUCUAGUCGGUCUCGCUUCCAUUUCAACAGUUUAUAAAACAAAUGUAGUUAAAUAAAUAAAAGACCUAAAAAGUUAUAAGAAAUGGUGGCAGUCCCGCCCCUCCACUGCGCUUAUUCUCAUUUAUUAAAUAUUUUAUCCACAGAGAGUCAAACAUUUUCGUUUGAGGCCAUUCAACAUGACAUCAUUCCAACAAUUCAACCUAUCCAGCACCACUGCUAGACACGGGCCUCCCUGAAGUUGCGCCACAUCAUGAAACGCAAUAAAUACCUCAGAUUGAUUUCUAUCACAUCUGUCACGCUUAUCAUAUUAUAAACAAAUGGAUUUAGCUAUCUCCGGCUAUCGUCAAAUUUAAUGCUGAGUGAGUAACUUUCCGCCACUAUUAUCAUUGAUAAUUUGUGACGCAACUACACAUAUCUUAGCAAUUGUUUUUGCUUACUUUAUAUAACAAGAACUGUUUCAUUAAUAGGUACUUAGUUGAAGAAAAUAUUUUUAAUUUGUAAGUAUAGGAUCAGAAUCAAAAGUUCCAAAAUUUCAUUCCUAUUAGAAUUUCUUGUUAUUUUUUGUUUAGCUGCUGCCACUUCAUUUCGAGAAUGAUCCCACCGGACAGUAAAAUCAGGAUCAAAACCUGUGUUAAUUCCGUUCUGUGGUGUUUGCUUGAAAGAGGAACAAAUAUCCAUACCUACAAAUUUUCACGUUUAUAAUAGUAGGAUGUUUGCAGAGCGGGUCGAUAUCAUUUUCUACUUGCUUUAAAAUAAAUAAUAUAUUCUUUGGUACCGAGCAUCAUACAUUAUUGGUAAUCCUCUCAUUACAAUCGCAUUACCCACAAUAUGCCAAGUGAUAAGAUCAACAAUGCUAAACUCUAUUUAUGUAUGUGCUUAUAUAACAUUCGUGCUUUCAGCUGAUAGACUUUGUUAGUCUAUUAGCCAUAUAAGGGAGAAAGAGAUGGAUGGAAAUCACUACACCAAUAAGUGUCCAGAACUAAAAUUUUGAACACCUAAGUAACACAAUCUACUUAAAAACCUACAUAGUACAGACUUAGGUGCAAUAAUAUAGACUUGUGAAAGAACAUAGUUAUGAAAAUUUGAAUUUAAUUUAAACAACAGAACAACACAAUGGACAUUAUUCACCUAAAAUAUAAGACUUAAGUAUCUUUCGAAUUGUAGGACAUCAUGUAUAGCAAGCCUUAAUGAUCUGCAGCCGAGUGAGUUAGUUAGUGAUUACCAAAUAGGCUCUAAACGACCCUAAUGUACUUAUUCUAUCAUCAGCAAACGACAUGCAAUCUACAUAUCUGUAAACAUAACAAUGUAGGUAUCUUUAUUAUUGCGGUCAUGAAUUACCCAUCAUUCUAUUUCCUAACAUUGAUGGCAUUAGUUCAGAGUCCGUCUGCCCCCACGCACCUGCUGGUAACAAGGGCGGGACCCUGCAGUAACUCCGGCAAAACCACCAUCACUGUGUCAGAGCUUAGUCUGACCAUGCGGACAUACGACUCGUUGGUCAGCGGCGUCAUGAACAUAUCUGAAGACUUGGAUAACGGCUGGUAUAUUAAGGCGACGAUGCAGAAGUGCGUGGACAUCCGCAACAUAGACACUUGCGACUUCUUCAAGUCGUUCUCCGUGGUGAAGAGCGGCUGUGUGGAUGAAGACGAGAUGGAAAACGUAUACAGCCUGCUGUUCCACUACUCCGAACCAAGGUUGGAAUGCCCCUUGCAAGCAGGCGAAUACAAUAUCCUGAACUACCCGCUCUUCACUGAAGACAACUACUUGGCAGUUUACGAAUCUAAAAUAUCUACGAGUGUCUUUGGCUACACGUUACGAUUGGAUGGAUUUUCUGAGGACCACCGAAAGAUACUUUGCAUCGAAGCUUACUUGCAGCUUGUAUACAUGAGAAUACAUGAGUGGGUGCAGACUGAAGAUGCUCCGGAAACGACUUUAGGUCCAAAUAAGGAGGAAGAACAAAGCGAAGAAGAAUUAAUAUGAAUAUCACUCAUUUUCAUUAUUUUACCUCUAUUACGACUGCAAUUGUCUCUAGUUAACACCUUUAUGCGAUGAUAUGGGCAUGUUUGUUACGUGGUGUAAAAAAAGAACCAAAUCAAUUUUAAAACUUAUAUAUUUAAAUAAAUAAAACAUAUCAAAUAAUUUUCACAAACAAUAAAUUUAGCAGUAUAGAGCAGUUUAGAUUACGACAAACAAUAAUUCUAAAGUAGAACAUUCUUAGCUUAGGGCACACCCGCAAACUUCGAAGGAUAUUUGCAUAAUAAAUAGAAAAUCAGGACACGUAACAGGUUCAUCAAAUUCGUCUGCA